AUGACAUCUCGAAAUAGUCCAAGAGUCAUUGUUAAUGGAACAAGAAGAACAAGAACGUUCCAUUACUUUUAUUGUCGUCAUUGUAGCCGUUCCAUUAGGCUGAGCAGCUUUGGUCUAUACGGUCCUUUAUGUCCUUUCUGUUCUAGAGAGAUCAAUCUUCACGAUGAGCUUGACAUUAUGAGGCCAAGCCGGCCCUAUUGGGAUAGCGAUACAGAUUGGAUCACGCUUCAUCUUAUCAACCAACCGAGAAGUAACCGGUUCGAUCAUGAUGAUAUAGCUUACAAUACCGACGAAGAAUUCGCUGAUGUGAUGCCUAGUAUACAGAUUGGUCCACCACCGGCCUCGCAAUCAGCCAUCGAGGCUGUAAGGACUGUGACAAUCACGGAAGAGGAUAUGGCGAAAGAGAAGGUUUGCGCGAUAUGCAAGGAGGAGUUUGAAGUUGGAGAGGAAGGAAAAGAGUUGAAAUGCAUGCAUUUGUACCAUUCAAGCUGCAUUGUGUCUUGGUUGAACAUUCACAACACUUGUCCCAUUUGUCGCUUUGAGGUUAACUUAGGUGUUUCCGAAAGUAACGUAGACGAAGGAGGGUCUCACUCUCAUCAUCACCACGACAAUGAUCUACCAAAUAGGCUUCGGACUCGGGUUUGUUCUUUGUGGCCUCUCCGUAUGAUGAUUGAUUGGGUGCAUAAUCUCAUUGAUUUAAGAAUAACAAACUCUUGACAAAAAAGAAAAAGAAAAAAG